AAAGAAGGAAUUACAAUUAUAAAAAUAGCAUAUAUUAUAAUUAAGAAACAUUUUCCAAAAAACUGUUUUAACUCGUGAUUACAAGAGAAAUUUACAUCAUAAAAGCAAAAAAUUGAGUGUUGAAAAAUAAUUGGUUAUAUAAAAAAAAAUCAUUUUUAUUAUAGUAAAAUAGAUUAAGCUAAUUAGAGUUUGAUCAUCGCUCUCGCAUGUCUCGCACGUUCUCCUCUAGGACACGGGGGAGUGAAGGGGAAGGCCCUCUCUCGCGCGCCUAGCAGCGAGCAACGCGUCGCGCCACGCGCACGCGCGUGUACAACGGGUUGCGGCGCGGCAGGCGCGCGCGCGCGCAUCGGGUCGCGCGUGUCGUCGUCGAGAGUACCCCGAGCAACAGAGUGCCUCCCUCCGCCCCCCUCACGUGUACGUACACACGUAUACACCCCCGUCCACCACGUAUCCGUCUGCCGUGUGCUGCGGCUGGCAGCAGCAGCCCGAAGCUAAGGCUGGCCGCGCGCUCUCUCUCUUUCUCUCUCUCUUUCUCUCUCUCACCACCCAACCAACCCCUGGCGAUCUCACGAGCGAGGGGGCGACCGACGGCGCCUGGCGACCUGCUCGCGGACGAGGAUAAUGCGCUCGCGAUCCCGCGCGAGGCGAACCCCCCGGCCGGAGGAACCGCACCACGACCGAGCCACGUAAGGAAGCUCUUUAAUGUCACACCGUGGACGAGUAUGAUUCUGGCUGGAUCAGACCACUUCUUGGCGGUACCUGUGGAAGCGGCUGCAGUUUUGGGUGCCGUUGCCGGUUUCGUAGUGCUCCUUCUAGCUCUUUUCCUUUACCUGUCCCGGAAGUGGUGCUUCACGCCGCCUUCAUCCACUACACUCUUCGGCGGAGUCUGUGUGCCUCUCUGGAAGGCAUUCUCUUAUUCAGAUCCAGAAACAAGCUCUGAUUCAGAGGAAGACGCUCUUCGACGAUUAAAUUUGCGUGCACACCCUCCGCCGGAUACGUUAACUAUCCAAGCGGAGGACGGACCAACUAUCGUAGAUGCUGGGACCACUUCCAGCAGUUGCACUGAAGAACACUCUCCAGCAGAUCAACAACAGUGUGUAGUGGAAGUUGGAGCUUCUGGCAUUAUACUCGAUAAUCGGGAACAAGAAAUACAAGUUGAGCAAAAUGACUCGACAACCAAUGAUGUUAUCACAACGAUGGGUACAACGGCUACCGAGGAAGUUGGCAGUUUGGAAGUCGCUUUUCUAUAUGAUGCCCCAAUGCGCGAGAUGACAGUUCACGUAUUACAAGGGCGGAAUUAUCCCUCUGGCAUUGGCGGCAGCCAGGUACGAUUAGUGCUACUACCAUCAAAAAAGCAAAGACGCAAGACUCGUGUUCGACAAGGAACAUCCCCGCAGUACAUGGAGAGCUUUUUGCUUCCUCGUGUAAAUCCUGAGGAUGUAAAUGCAAUGGGAGUGCGACUCAGAGUGUAUCUAUGGGGCGGCAGAAUGAUGCGUCGGGAAAGAUUGUUAGGCGAGACCAGAGUGUCCUUCGAUCAAAUUAAUCUUCAGUUAGAGACGACCCUCUGGUUAACUCUUCAACCACCGCUUUCUUCUUCGGCACAGGAUUGGGGAACGACUAGCAGUUUAACUCGUAGCGAUUCUACGGGAUCACAACAGUCGGUCCAGUCGUAUGCCUCUCCAGCCAUACCACCUUAUGGCAGCAGCAUGAAAGGAGGCAGUGUCGCCGAAAUCUUGAUCGGUUUGGCGUACAAUGGUACGACAGGCCGCUUAUCAGUUGAAAUAAUCAAGGGUUCUCAUUUCCGCGGCGGUGGUGGAAACGAUACAAAACCUCCCGACACUUACGUCAAAUUGGCUCUUAUCGAUAGCAACAAUCACGAAAUGGGUCGGUCUAAGACCGGCUUGAAACGCGCCCAACCGAAUCCCCUCUAUAAGGAGACUUUUAUAUUUCAGGUUGCAUUGUUCCAACUGGGAGAUGUGACACUCUUCCUUUCCGUGUACAAUCGUCGACGAGGUGGAAUGGGCAGAAAAGGACGGGAGAUGAUUGGUUGGCUCUCCUUGGGUCUGAACAGCUCUGGAUCCGAGGAGCUGCAGCAUUGGAACGAGAUGCGGACAGCGAGGCAACCGAUGCAAAUACAACGCUGGCAUUCGCUACUGCGCCCCUGAGGUGUUCUCGUGUGAGUGCCUCUUAUGGAUUUCAUUCUUGACGCAGCUAUUCGAGCGCGAAAUGAUUUAACUGCCGUACUCACCGACGAGUACGGAAGAUGGAUGGGCGUUUCCAGAGAGGAAACAAUUGCUCGCGGCAGGCUUUAUCUCGAGGGAGAGAUUUCAAUUCUUUCUCCUUAUCUCACGGAGACAUGUUGUGUACUGCCUGUUUGAAGAACGGAAGUCAAUAUUCCAAUCGGUCUGUCAAUCCCAAGUCAGAGCCCGAACAAUGCAAGCGUCCAAAUAAUAUCGCGAAGACGUUCCGACUUCUAUGUCUGUUAAAUGAAAAAAAAAUCCACGGACAUUGUAUAUGAUAACAUAAUAAAGUUCAAGAGAUAUCUUAAUGUUUUGGAGCUCUGUUAGACGAGUAUCAAUGUCUAAACGGCGUUCUAAGUUCUCCCUGUUAAAAGAUGUAACUUUCAAUGUUACGAAUUUUAAAUUAAGUCCUUUUGAAACUUUCUGGGCUUUGUUUUGUUCGGGAUGCUCUGUUUGGAAUACACUGUAAAUUCUGAGUUACACAAACUCUUGUCUAAAUGUACCAAGUACAUUUCCUUUUUGAUACGCUGAUGGGAGCAGUGUGGCUAGUCUUCGAUGUUGAGAGUCCCGACGAUCGCGUGGAUCGUUGUCCCGGCGUUUAUCGACGUUCCGGCCCAAUCGUCGUACCUGUCACAUGGUACGACGCUCUCCGACUCGACAUGUGCCUGAGCCAAUCUGAAUCCUUCAUUUUUUACUUUGUGCCUUUCACCCUUUUUAUGCGCGCCACGCUAAACUGGAGAAGUGAAGUGUAAGCGGAGAAUUUAAAUGUUUGAACAAGGCGUCAUUUCGAAAAAUGGAUUGUUACAUUUCUUGACGUAAUACUUUAAGACAUGCAGGGUGGCUAUACGAUAGAAGAUAUGGGAUUCUUUAAUCGUUUUCAAGGUAUUCUGAGAAUCCGUAAAAAGUACUUUUGCAUGGAUUAGGAAAUACUCUAUAAGAAUAUUAGAGUUUUUUUCAUAAUUGUUGAAUUAGGAAUGAGCCAAAUGUUGAAAUCCAGGAAGAGCCAAAAGUUCCUGUGAUUUUAGUAAAAGUAUUCUUAAAAAUCGAACCUCUCGAUUUUAUUUGUAUCAAAGCCUAAAAGAAAAAGUUACUUGAAAAUCUUCAGAGAUUUAAUAGAAAAUUUCUAAAAAGGUUAGUACUUUAAUCUAAGAAAAAAAAACUGUUGAAAUGUUUUCUUGGAAAACACGUUUCUUUUUUGAAAAACUUGAGAAUUUGGAAAAGUGAUUCGUGUGUCCACCCUGAGAUAGGAUAACAUCGGCACAAUGAAUUAUUAAUGUACGACUAUACUUGCUGUUUAUGUAGAAUAAUAAAUUGUUGAGACACGACUUGACUUGCUUAUCCAAUUAUAACAAUUAUUCUAUACAUAUGUAAAUUAAUGUAAUAUCGAAAUAGCAAGCGUUUCACUGGCUUUGAAUAUCUAUCAUUAUUUUUAUUAAUUAAGAAGCUUUUUAUUGAUUUUUUUUCAAUUUUCGAGGCUAAAAUGUACUUCAGUUUAGAUAAAAUAUUCCUAAAAUAAAUUCACUACUCCUUCACUUUUAGAUAGUAAUUCAUUAAAAGUUGAUGUUGCUUUUUAUUACUGUGUAAAUUUUCAAUUAGAUUCAAAAUAAGAUUUUAUUAGAAUCCAAAAAAACUGUCGAAUAAGUUAAAUUUUUCUUUGUCGAAAAAUUGAACAUUCUAUACUUUAUAUUGUUUCUAUGGUAAAUGAAUACAUUAUUCAUUAUAGUUAUAUCAUACGUAUCUCAACAAUAUCACUAUUUUUCAAAUCGUAAAUUAUUACCGCUACUUCUUCAUUGUGUCGAUAUUAACCUAUUUUGCUGCAUAUAUAAUAAUUAUACACGAGCGGUCGAUAAUGCUUUUUCGCUUAAAGUUAUUUGCAAAGUUUUAAGUAAGACUGUUGAUUCAAAAUUGUCCAUCAAGCUAUGUAUAAUUUAUUAAUUGCCAUCGCUGUAAUUAUACACUACUUUGUAAACUUACAUUUAUUUCAACAUGGAGCUGAUUUGCUAUUAGUGUCUCUAAUUUAUUAUUACUUUAGUUUGGAACUUGAAACGCAUCCAGUUCAAUCUUUAUUCAACAUUUGACGUACUUUGAUAAAAUUCUUCUUAAACAAUUUAUUGAACAUGAUCAUAAUUUAUUUUUGAUGAGUGUUAAAUAUUUAUUUUUAUAAAACAGUCGAUCAUGUUCUAUAUCAUUAAUUCUGCGUUUAAUUCGUAGCAAUUUAUGAUCAAUAAAUUCGGUCAACUUUAUUCCUUUAAUGCUAAAUCGGAACUAACCAGAAAUUAUUCGCGUGCUGCAUAAUGUAGAUUCUUGAUUCCUAAAAUGGCAUUAUUAAAUAUUUAAGUGAAGUGCUGCUGUAACUUCCUCCGGACACUUGUGCGUUUAUUUGCCCAACAUUCUUUCCAUCUCAAAUCAUUUUUCUUUCUGCUUUUGAGACUGGAGCUAAGAUCCAAAGCUACAUUGAAAUGUUCUCUAAUCUCAUCUGAGAAUUUUAAAUAAAACUCCUCGAAAAUCAGAAAUUUUUUUUACAAAAUUUGAGUAAACAUUAUGGUGGCAAAUAUCAGCUUCAAUAUAGAAAGAUAAACGCAAUAUAUAUAGAAGUAGAGUAUUUAUGUCAUCGACACUGCGACACGAUAUUUGGAAUGGCUGCUGAACUGACGAGAAUAUUUUGAACUUUAUUCGAACGCAACAUUAUCAAUGGAAUAACUUCAAGCGAAAAGGCAUUAUUGAUGUUUAUAUUCGCUCCCGAUAUCCGAUCUGCUUGUGUUUGUUCAUAUAAAUCAAUGUGGCGAAUAUCAAGCCCGUGUUCUCGCAUGCAUUUGACAUUACUCAAUAUAGCCAUCCGAUUUUUUCUUGUUAUUCGAUAUAUAGUCUUAUUAUGCAGUUCAACAAGAAAAGAAAAAAAUUUUUUAUUUUUUCAUGUUAUAGUUUAAAGAAAUUUGAGAUUAAGUUUGAAUAAACAAUUGAAAAAUAUUUGAUAGACUCUUAAAAUUCUAAUGAGGAAGAUUUAAUUUAAUCAAUAAUUUUCCUGCAAAAAUAAAUAUUCCAAUUUAUUUAUUCGAGAAAUUCUAUUAGUUUCAUUUUUGUAACAAUUUCUCUAAGAACUGGAAAUUUUAACAUUGCAUUUAAUUCUACGAAUGGAUAAACAUUUCCAACAUAUUAUGUGCUAUAACUGUAUAAUAGCAAAGUUCAUCUAAAUAGAUUUUCUUUACAUUUUUGUUACAUUUUACAUCUCAAACAUCUUAAAAUUAUAACGUGAAAAAGAAGAAUUACGGAGAUAAGAAAUGCAAUUCAGAAUAAAAAAUUAUGGGGAUGAUUAUUCCUGUUUUUUUGUUUGUCAAAUUUAAUUCCUGUUGAACUGCGUUAUUACAACUUGGGCAUACGUGAAUGAAACGUAGAUACCUGGUGAUAAUUAACUUUAAAACGAACCAAAAAUAUCAGUGAUGAACUUAUUUUUAGUUUAAUAUGUACUUAGCUAAUAAGUUAAGCUUAAGAUAAGAACAUAAAUGAUACUUAACACCAAGAUUAAUCAUAAAAACUUUAUGCAAGAAAGAGAUUUUUACUUAAAAAACAAAAUUUAUUAAUAAAUUAAUGUGAUUGAUAAUAUUAAGCUAAAUGGCCUCACAGCCAUUGAAAUGUUUAAUAUUAACUUACAUUACGUAAAAAAAUUUAUACGCGUUUUGCUCGUCGAGACGUUUAUGAAUAAUACGUAUAUCUAUAUUUGCAUACAAUGAUUUUUCUCUCAUUAUUUACUUUCGUUUUUAACUUCAAUUUAGAAUGGUAUCUCACGUUCCCUUCAGGUGUGCCUGAAGAAAAUUUGGAUGGAUUAGCAGCAGCAGAUGUAAUAAUAGUAAGGAUACAUAUAUAAGAUUAGGACACUGGACAGUUCGUGUCUUGAGAUGGUUCGAGAAUGGAUUGAUACACGCGUGGGUCGGCAAUUAUCGCCGCGAUGUGACGGCGAUGACAGUUUAGCGAGAUUCUCUCUUUCUCUCUCUCUCUUUUUCUCUCUCGGAUCGAGAUGGUGGAACACGAGACCAACAGUUCGACAAUUCAAUGACGCACAAUGACUCGCAAAACUCACUUCGUAAAUGCAAAUGUGAUUGUAGAGUCGAUAUAUUAUAAAUGAAAUAGAAACAUACACGAUCACGAGUACGUUAGGGAUGUGGCAUAAUCUAUAUGCAUUAAUAUUAGAACUUUUGAGCAAGGGGUUCCUGCGUUAAAUUAGCUAUAUUAGGACACGCAGAAGUAGAGAAUACGAUUAAAGGCUAAAUUCACGUCCAAGUUAGAUUAUGGGAGAAAAAUUGAUUCAUAAUAUAAAGAUGUACAAGAUAUUAAAAAACUGAUCAUACGAAUUUUAUUUGUUUAUCGUAAACAUUUUAUUUUAACAUUUCUUUAUUAAAGUCGCAUUUCCUUUUAGCAAAGCACAAUUGAGCUUUGUCAUUUUUACAAUCUAUAUUUUUCACUUUUUUCUCUUUGAAUCUUAAUAUUAAAUCUUUUUUUUACCUUUAACAUUAUUAAAUCUUAAUGGAAAAAUUAUCUUGAUUCUUGAUGUUGACGUCAUAUUUCAGUCAAAGUUGAAUAGAAAAUUAAACGAAAAACAAGAUCUAGUUAUAUUUGCGUGUGGGUGCGCGCGCGCGCGCGCGCGCGCGUGUGUGGUGGUGGUGUGUGUGUGUGUGUGUCUGUGUGUGUGUGUGUGUGUGUGUGUGUGUGUGUGUGUGUGUGUGUGUGUGUGUGUGUGUCAUGCUUCAUUUGCGAAAGAACGUUUAUUUUCAAUUGUUACAUUGUGUUACAAGUCCGAAAAGUCAGCUAUUUCUUAUGAGUGCGCGCCGUUCACCCGCACGAGUGAUCAGGACCUUCGUCGAGGAAUUUUUUAAUUUCUUCUGUCGUUAAAACUUUCGACUUUUUGCUUUGAAAUCCUUGUACUUGUUUCUUGAAAAAUGUAAUAAGUUUGUCAUAUUCAUGAAUGUUAAUGUUAUUGUUGAUACUCAGAAUGCUUCUUAACAUCGAGUAAUUUGACCAUGAUACGGAAACGAUUUCUGCAAGACUAUUCUCGAACGCUUGAACGGUGCGGGAAUGAAUCACUUGUGCGAGAAAACUCCUUGAGGAAUCGGUGACUUUCAAAAAAGUGACACAAAAAAGGCUUUUGAUGCACAUGUAACAAAAUAUAAUUUUUUUAGCAUUUUGUAUUUAUAAUUAUUGAAUGUUUAAGUAAUUAAUUAUGCAAUUAUGUAGUCCAUGCACAAAUACAGAGUUUAGUUGACUAACUAAUUAAAGAAAGUAGCUUUGAUAAACUAAACUAAUAAGUGUUCUUUAAACUUGUUUGGAGUAGCUCUUCAUGCUUUAUAUUCGAAACUGCACAAGUUUUCUCAAUUUACCUGGCAAGCGUGACUAGCAAUUUAUGCGGUUUGAUAUUGUCAUUAAAAUACAGAGGCGCAUAGUUAAUAACGUGGGAAAGUAGUAGCCUUAGACCAAAGGAUUGUUAGGGAACCCCUAGAUCACCGGACGAAGCCAGCGACUGAUUAAUGAACAAACGUUGAUUAAUGAACAAAUAAUUAAUGAACAAAUGCUGUGAAUCAUUUAACGCUUGACUUUUUCAAGCCUAUAGUAGUAAAGAUUUUCAUCAUGACAUAUUAAUCCAUGCUCGAACUAUUUUAUCAUUUACAUUUUAAGAAUAAAAAUAAUUGCGGGGACUCAGAAAUCUCCUUUAGGACACGAGAAAAAUUGUUUUUAUCGUCACAAUAAGAAUGAGUCUUAAAUCCACAGUAUCAAACGGACACCGUCAAUCAAAUUUUAUUAAUUUAUCCUAACUUUAACUGAAGUUUAACUAAAGCAUUAAUUUGAUUGGUGGCAUCCAUUUGACACUGUAUUUCAGACACUCCCUCACAAUAAGCGUGAGCUCUCUUUUUACUACGCAAUAUGUGCGCUAGAUGUGCGUUGCGAAGACAAACUGUUGUAAACGAGAUUUUAAAAUAUUCCGAUAAUGAGAAUUUAGAAGCACAGAGUAUCCGAGAGUUUAAUGAAUUAUCUUUUAUUUAUACAUUCUUUGAUAAAUUUAAAUCUUUUUGUACAAAGAAACAUGCCAAUAUCCACUUCCUGGUUGGCCAUUGGAUAUG